GUGUUUGAUUUCUUUCCAAUGCUAAUUGACUUAUGGAGCCAACCAGAUCAAUUUGAUUAAACUGAAUGAUUGUAAAAAUAUAUUUAAACUAAAUUGAAAUGAACUGAAAGCAUUUUAAAAAAUUUUAAACAAAAUGAUGAAGUUUGUAAGGAUACUGUUAAUGAUGUUGCAUCGGUCUGUGUUACUUGGAUUGACAAUAUUUUGUGGAAUGCUUGUUUUUCAAAAAGUCGAGUCAAUGAAGAUAAAAGAUGCUCUUCACUUUUGCUGGUCGACCAUAACUACAAUAGGUUAUGGUGCUAUAACACCAAAAACUCAUCUUGGCAAAGUUCUUACAAUGCUUUAUUCAAUAAUUGGGAUACCACUAUUCAUUCUUUGUUUAUCGUCAUAUGGAAUGUUAAUAAACCAUUGUACAGUAAAAAUUGUAACUAGUUUUGACCAAUGCUGCAGCGGACGGAAAAAGGUGUCGUAUUUGCAUGCCAAAACCGGAUUUGUUUUAUUUUGGGUACUCAUUGGAGAAAUUAUAGCUGGAACUUUUAUUCUUAACGUUUUGACAGAUUGGUCAAUGUUAGAUUCGGCAUACAGCUGGGUGAUUACUUUGACAACAAUAGGUUUUGGUGAUUAUAUCCCUGAUUAUCCGCCAGACUCCAGGUACAUUAAAACAGCUAUAAUUCUUGUGUCGGAGUUAACUACUUGGGCAACAAUUGCUUCGUUUGUUCAAUCAGUUCGAUCUGCUAUUUCUGAAAUUAAUAAUGAAAGACGUGGGUUUAUUGCCAAACUUUUUUGUUGCUACGGUGACAAGCGAGACGAAGAACUUUAUUUUUUAACUCACGAUCUGGACAACGAAAUUUAAAAAUUUGUAUUAUACUAAACAUAUUUAUUAUUACUUAAAUAAAUAUACGAUAUCAAUACAAAACAAAUACAAAUGAAAGCAAAUAGAGUUAUCAACAAUAACGUGUAUUUAUUUAUUUAAUGCAAAGCUAUAAUAACGAUUUUAAACAUCGUUGAAAUUUUAAAAAACUUGCUUAAGCAUGAAAUAAAAAAACAAUUUUGCUGUUACCGUAUGUAUAAAAACGUUUAGUUGUAAAUAUUUUAUGAUUGUUAUAUUGUAUCCAAUUUAUUUUGUGAUUUAUUGAGUAACAUGUUUAUUUGUUAUAAA